UAUUUGAAAUGAAAAGAUGAAAAUAUGUGUGUCCGUAGUGCUGCUGAUGUUGCUCUGUCCGGGCGGCUGUCCGGUGUACGAUUUCGACCUGCGAACUAUCGAGCAACCUAGCCAAUUCGCGAAUGGUCUAAAACUUGCAGCCGAUCUCAAUUCCGAGUACAAUCAGGGACUUAUGAAUUUUCAUGUGCUCAAAGAUCAAGACCCAUUGGCUGCGGAUAAUACGUGCAAGUUGAUAAAGGACUUGCCGGCUGAGCAUGUUGAAAGCCCAACACGGAAAUUGAAGUAUUUGCGUAGAGUCGAAGAUGAUGAACAGUCGAGUAUGGAAGUAAAUGACUUCGUUGGUUCGAAUCUAUUCGAUAGUACGCGCAAGAAUUGUUUUUCACCAGAAGAUUUGACUUUGUUGGCGGCACGUAGAGACUUUGAGUAUCUUGUGCCAAAGGAUCUGCCGAAAUGUCUGCUAGACGAUGAUAUGCUAAACAUGUUGUUGAACUACUUUUAUAACGGCAAUGAACUGAUACAAAGAAUGACCGACUCUUCGAAAAUGGUGAUCGAGCGCGCCUACUAUGACAUGCUUGGUGGUUACUUGCGUUCCUACAUGCUGCCAGUAGCUAAAUACUCCUACUACGGUGGCAAGGCUAGUCUGAAUGUGGUCAGUAGUGUUGUGGAACUGUACCAACAAUGUAAGUCCUUUCUGAAUACCAACGGCAAUGGUUGGCGUAUGCCUAUUUUACUCGAAGAAUUGGAAAAUACGCGUGUGGAUCCUAUUAGGGGCUCGGACUGUGGUGGCGAUGGCAACGGCGGUGGUAGCGGCUCUUCAGGUUGCGCACGUCUCGAAAUGUUGCCAGCAAGUGACGGUGAUGAGAAUGUUAUGCUGGUGGCUUUGCCGAAAUUUGAUGACGAUUGUAUUGAGAAUGGUUUGAGUAAUGUCUGGUUACCUUUUAGGAAGAAACGCAACUACGAUUUGCGUUCACCCAAAUCCGCUUAUAUAUUGAUACGAUUCUAUGAAACGGUCACUCGUUGCUAUCAAUCACAGUCAAUGCCACAAGAUGCUUUCAAUAGCAAAUUCAUAGCAUGGAUUAAUGAGAAUAUCAAACCCUCUCUAUCCGACGAAGAGUUCUAUCCCGGCCUUGGCGGUGUUUUGAGAAUUGUUGAGAAAUUAAGAAAAGGCCGCAAAGCACAAGACACUGAAAAUGAUCAAGCCCUCAAUGAGCAUAUGGAAGAGAUUGGAAUUUCGCGUAUGGGUGACGCCACCGGCGUGGGCGAUGGUAAAAGUGACGAUGGGUUUUCCGAUAUGGAACUCGCACAAAAAGCAUUAGAGUACAAAGUAAAGGAGAACGCCAAACAAACAAUGAUUAAUAGUAAGCGUUGGUUUGAGAAAAAUGCCAACGAGAAUAGACAGCUGCAGAGCAGGAAAAUAUGCGAAAAACCCAAACAUCCCCAGGGCCAACAGGGUCAACAAAAUCAGACAAAUAAGCCUAAGAAACCCAAAUGUAAGAAAACAAAGGGUGGAAAGCACGGUAGCUCAGCCUCCUUGCUGAAGCUAACACCGGAAGAACAGAAACACUAUCUGAAAUAUCUGUGUUGCAUAAUCGGUUUAAUACUGCUCAUAUUGCUGAUCAUCUUGCUACUCGCUAUGAUCUUGAGAUAUUUGCGACGCAAGCGCAAAACUGAGCCGAAAGCAAGGCCACCAAAGAAAAAGCGAAAAUUCCCAGCAUGGUGUAACUAUUUAAUGUGUCGAAAGAAGCCAGCCGAUGAAGAGAUUGAGAUUAGGCAUGAUACCAAAUCAGUUGUUGCGACACAGCCACACCGUCGCGCAUCGACCUCCACAUCAUCGCUAGCCUGUCAACCCACUGCCAAAUGCAUUCCAUGCUCAAAACGUGCCACCAAGGAAUCGGAUAGUGCGCCCAUUAUCGAAACAACAUCACUCGAUUACUACUCCUCGUCCGAGCCCGAAAGUAAAGUGCGUCAGAAAGCGAAGAGAGGCAAACAGAAAGUGGUUACCAUCGAUGAGAAGAAGAAGAAAAAGACGGGUUCACCAUCACCGACAAAAGGCAAGGCAGCAGCGGCAAAAUCGAAAGCAGCAUCACCGAAAUCCCGACUUUCUGGUGGCGCUGAACUAAAAAGUUCAUCCAGUUCGGAUAGUAACAAGCGUUUGGGCAUACAGCGUACCGUUAUGACAGACAUUAAGAAGAGUAGUAGUGAAAUGGAGUUGGCACAACAGCAAGAACGUUCGACGUCCAUGGAGCGUUCGAAGGGCUCACGUAGUUGGGAGACUAUGUACGACACAUGAAGUUCAGCCCAUAUUUUAUGCUUCAUACAUUUAAUAUUUAUUAUACGAUAUUUGUGCGAUUAGAUUCUUAUUUAUUUU